UAGCAAAGGUUCAAGAUUAGCUCAGUCAUAUAUCAGCUGAUUUCGUAGCUGGGUGACGGCUAUAAAAGCAGUUCUUAAUUUUCCUCCUUUAUCAGUAUAUAUUUUUAUUAUGCUUCGUUUCUUGCAGUAGCUCAGUUACAAUAUAAUUUUAAAAUGCGUUUAGUGAUCUGUGAUACAGCAGAUUAUGUGGCAGAAUGGUCUGCUAAAUAUGUUCUAAAAAGAAUUAAUGAUUUCCAACCAAAUCAAGAUAAAUAUUUUGUUCUUGGUCUUCCAACAGGUGGUACACCUUUAGGAAUGUAUAAAAAGCUUAUAGAAUAUUAUAAGACAGGAAAAAUUUCCUUCAAGUAUGUAAAAACCUUUAAUAUGGAUGAAUAUGUUGACUUGCCCAGGGAUCAUCCAGAAUCUUAUCAUUAUUAUAUGUAUAAUAAUUUUUUUAAACAUAUAGAUAUAGAUCCAGAAAAUGUGCACAUUCUUGAUGGUAAUGCACCUGAUCUUGUAAAGGAAUGUGAUGAUUUUGAAAAUAAAAUUAGAGAAGCUGGUGGUAUUGAAUUGUUUAUCGGUGGUAUUGGUCCAGAUGGUCACAUAGCUUUCAAUGAACCAGGUUCUUCUUUAGCAUCACGUACAAGAGUAAAAACAUUGGCUCAAGAUACGUUAGAAGCUAAUGCAAGAUUUUUUGGAAAUGAUAUUUCCAAAGUUCCAAAUCAAGCAUUGACUGUUGGUGUUGGUACAGUGAUGGAUGCCAAAGAAGUGAUGAUUCUUAUUACAGGAUCUCAUAAAGCAUUUGCUCUUUAUAAAGCAAUAGAAGAAGGGAUCAAUCACAUGUGGACUGUAUCAGCUUUUCAGCAACAUCCUCGUACAAUAAUUAUUUGUGAUGAGGAUGCUACUCUAGAAUUACGCGUGAAGACAGUAAAAUAUUUCAAGGCUCUUAGUGCUACACAUCAAAAAUUAAUUGAAGAAGAUGGAGAUGCAAUCCUUCGUCGUUCAAUACAAAACAAUUAAAAUAAAUUUGUCCAAUCCAAAGUAAAGUUGACUAUAGGAAAAUAUUGAUUUAAAAUAAUAUAAAAUAUUAUUGUUAUACAUAUAUAAAAAUGCAAACAGCCUUAUAUAAAAAGGAUUUGAAUGCAUGUGACGAAUUUUUUAAAUUGCAUAAUGUAUGUAUGUACAUUAUAUGAACCAAUUGAUAAAAAUUUUAUAAAAUAUAAAUAUAUAUACUUGUUUUAAUAAAACAGAAAUUAUAAUAUUGUUAUUGUUCCACUGUUAUAUCUUUUCAGAAAUAAACUUAUUCUUUUUAUCACAA